AUGGACCCAGUCACCGGCUCCUCGUCCGGGCUCGGCCUGGAUAUCACUCGCCACGUCCUCUCAAAGGGAGAUAUCGCGGUUGCGACGCUCCGCAAGCCAGAAGUAUUGGACGAACUCAUCGCGGAGUAUCCGAAGGAGCGUCUCCUGGUCCUCAAGGUCGACGUCACCGUCCAUCAAGAUAUCCUCGACGCUUUCAAGAAGACGAAGGAAGUGUUCGGCCGGAUUGAUGUUGUCGUCAGCAAUGCCGGUACAGGCCUCCUAAGUGAGGUCGAGGGCACUCCAGACGACGUCGCCCGGGCGCUGUUCGAUGUCAACUUCUGGGGAUCUGUGCAUGUUUUGCAGGAGGCGGUGCGCUUCUUGCGGGACGAGAAUGCGCCCGGGAAGGGUGGACGGGUAUUUCAAAUCACGUCUGGGAUGGAGCUUGUUGGUUUCCCUGGUUGUGGGUUCUACUCAGCGACGAAGCACGCGAUCAGUGGUCUUGCGCAGUCGUUGGCUAAGGAGGUGGACCCUGCGUGGAACAUCAAGUUGACCAUUAUCGCGCUCGGCGCGUUCGGUACAAAUGCAGUCAACGCCAUGGACAAGCUUCCAGUUCACCCAGCGUAUGAUAACCCUGACCUAGCUGUCGCAAAGUGGCGCAAAGCCGUGAUACGGAGCCAAAGCGGGGAUUUUGAUCCAGCGCUGACAAUCAAAGGGGACGCUGCGAAAGCAGCGGGAGCCAUCUACCGCCUGAGUGAGGAGGCCGCACCACCUCUGCGUAUCCCGCUCGGAUGCGUCGAUUUGGCCCGCGGCGCAACGAAAGAUCUCUCAGACGAGGUCGAGAAGUGGGCUUCCUGUUCUGUGGGCCUAGACAAGGACGAGUACCAGAACUAG